CCAAUGGGCGCGUGGCAGGGAGGAGGAGGCGGCUCACAAUGGCGCGGCGGCUCUAGCCCCGCUCCUCGCGACUCCCGCCGAUCGGACACCGCCGCUCCCUCCCUACCCGCGCCGCCGCGCUCAGCACCCCCUGUGCCGAUCGCCCCGCAAGCCCCGUCUCCCCCCCCCCCCAACCCCGUCGCCGCCGCCGCCGCCGUCGUCGUUGUCACCCCUCACCCCCCCGCAGCUCUCCCCUCUCCUGGCCUCUCCUUCCUCGAGACCAUGGAGCAGCCCGCGCCGCCGCAGCCCGCGCCCAAGGCCGGCGGCCCGAACCCGCCGCCUCCCGAGACGAGCAACCCGGCAAAGCCGGGCCGACUCACCAACCAGCUGCAGUACCUGGCCAAGGUGGUGCUCAAGGCCCUGUGGAAACACCAAUUCGCGUGGCCCUUCCACACGCCCGUGGACACAGUCAAGCUCAAUCUUCCGGAUUAUUACGAGAUCAUCAAGAACCCCAUGGACAUGGGGACCAUCAAGAAGCGGCUGGAGUCCAACUACUACUGGACGGCAGUGGAGUGCAUCCAGGACUUCAGCACCAUGUUUACAAACUGCUACAUCUACAACAGGCCGAGCGACGACAUCGUGCUGAUGGCGCAAAGCCUGGAGAAGUUCUUCCUGCAGAAGGUGGCAGAGAUGCCCCAGGAUGAAAUUGAGCUGCAGCAGCCGGCGCCCAAGGCAGCCAAGGGCCGCGGCCGCAAGAAUACCACAACCAGCGUGGAGUCACAGAGCCCGGAGGAGGAGGCCCAGGGGGGCCCAUCCGCCCCGCAAAGGGGGGCCGCCCCUACGUCCACCCGGCCGCCCCGCGCCGCCUCCUCCGCCGCCGCCGCGGCUGCCUCCGCCGCCUCCUCGGGGGGGUCCACCCCCACGUCGGUAGCGCCCGCCCAGACGCCCGCCCCCCAGCCCAACCACGCGUCGCCCGCCUCGCCCCCCGGCGCCCCCGCCCACGCCCCGGCCGCCCCCGCGCCCGCCCCCCAAGUCCCAAAAGCCGCCGCCCCGCAGCCCGCCCGGGCGGGCCCCCAGCAGAGCCCCAGGGGGGGAGGCCCUCAGGGCGCCAGGGGCGGGGGCCCUCAGGGAGCGAGGGGUGGGGGCCCUCAGGGAGCGAGGGGCGGGGGCCCGCAGGGAGCGAGGGGCGGGGGCCCUCAGGGAGCGAGGGGCGGGGGCCCUCAGGGAGCGAGGGGCGGGGGCCCUCAGGGAGCGAGGGGCGGGGGCCCUCAGGGAGCGAGGGGCGGGGGCCCUCAGGGAGCGAGGGGCGGCGGCCCUCCGGGUCCGAGGGGCGGAACCCCGCAGGGUCCCAGGGCGGCAGCCCAGCCGACGCCGCAGGCCGGGCCCCAGGCGGCGCAGCGAGUGGUGUCGACGCGGCCCCCCUUGCCCCGCCCGGCACCCCCUCCCAGCUCGGCGCCACCCCCCGCGCAGCAGCUGAGGCCCGUGGCCGGUGCGGGGACGUCGGCGCCAGCGGGGCCGGCGGUGACGUCGACGUCCGUGCCCACGCUGGGACAGGUGCCGGCGCAACCCGUGUCAAAGGUGAAGAAGGGCGUGAAGCGGAAAGCUGACACCACCACGCCCAUGCCGAGCACCACGCCUCCCGAGAGCGGCGAGGCCUCCCCUCCUGCCGCCGCCGACUUCAAACCGACCAAGGCGCCCGCCCGCAAGGAGGGCGGUCGCGGCAAGGCCCGCAAGGAGAUGCCCGACUCGCAGCAGGCAGCUGCCGCCGCCGCCGCGGCGGCAGCGGCAGCCGUGGCGGCCGCGGCAGCCGCGGCCGUGGCGGCUUCCGUCCCGUCCCCGCCCGCCAGCAAGAAGAGCAAACUGCCUGCGCCGGAGCAGCUGAAGCACUGCAGCUCCAUCCUGAAGGAGAUGUUCGCCAAGAAGCACGCGGCCUACGCAUGGCCCUUCUACAAGCCUGUGGACGCGGACGCGCUGGGCCUGCACGACUACCACGACAUCAUCAAGCACCCCAUGGACCUCAGCACCAUCAAGCACAAGAUGGACGGGCGCGAGUACCAGGACGCGCAGGAGUUUGCGAGCGACGUGCGUCUCAUGUUCUCCAACUGCUACAAGUACAACCCGCCCGACCACGAGGUGGUGGCCAUGGCGCGCAAGCUGCAGGACAUGUUCGAAAUGCGCUUCGCCAAGAUGCCCGACGAGGCCGGGGGUGGCGCCAGCCCAGCCCAGCCCCCCGCGGCGCCACCCCCUCCCCCCGAGCCGGUGUUGCCGACCUCGGAGAGCGAGAGCACCGAGGAGAGCAGCGCGGAGAGCGAGAGCUCGGACGAGAGCGAGAAGGAGCGAGCGAACCGCCUCGCCGAGCUACAGGAGCAGCUAAAGGCUCUGCACGAGCAGCUGGCGGCGCUGUCGCAGCCUCCCGUGUCGAAGCCGAAGAAGAAGCGGGAGAAGAAGGACAAGGACAAGAAGCGCAAGGACAAGGCGGCCGACAAGGCCAAGAAGGAGGAGGCGGACGAGGGCGACAAGAAGGGCGGCGGCGGCGGCGGCGCCAUCGCCAAGGGUGGCAAGGCCAAGCCAGGGCUGCCCAAGAAGGCGGCGCCCGCCAAGACCGGCACGGCCGCGAGCAGGCCGACCCGGAAGGCCAAGGCAGGCGCGGCCUCCGCGGGGGGCGGCGGCGGCGGCGGCGGCGGUGCGGGCGGCGCGGCCGCGGCGGCGCCCGCCUUCGACUCGGACGAGGAGGAGGACUCGCGGCCGAUGACCUACGACGAGAAGCGUCAGCUGAGCCUGGACAUCAACAAGCUGCCGGGCGACAAGCUGGGCCGCGUGGUGCACAUCAUCCAGUCGCGCGAGCCCUCGCUGCGCGAGUCCAACCCCGACGAGAUCGAGAUCGACUUCGAGACGCUCAAGCCGUCGACGCUGCGCGAGCUCGAGCGAUACGUCGUGUCGUGCCUGCGAAAGAAGCCCAGCAAGCCCUUCAGUAAGAAGGCGGGGAAGCUGAAGGCCGAGAUCCAGGAGAAGAAGCGGGAGCUGGAGAAGCGACUGCAGGAUGUGAGCGGACAGCUCAACCCCGGCGCAACCGGCGCCACCGCCGCUGGCGCCACGGCCAAGAAGCCCAAGAAAGACGGUGGGGGCGAGGCCGGCGGCCGUCUCAGCGCCAGCAGCAGCAGCUCCUCCGCCUCGGAGAGCUCCAGCUCCAGCGGCUCCAGCUCCUCGGAGACCAGCGACUCCGAGUGAAGCCCUGGGCCCCCUGCUCGUGCUCCCCCCCACCAUCGCCCACACCCCGCCCCACCCCGCCCCACCCCCCCGCCACCAAUCCUGGCCCCCCCCCGCGUGCCGUUCGGCCCUCCCGCGUCACGACCGCGCGCGUUGUCGCACCCCCCACCCCGACAACGACCGCGGCGCCACUUCCCCGCGCGACGCGUCGCGACAACCAUGGUGCUCUCGCUCGCCCCCCCCCCCUCCCCCCCCUUCGCUCGGUGCCCCGCCCGUUCCGUCACGACGCUCGCCAGCGCCGCGACCGCCUCCCCGGGGACGCCAUCCUCCGCCCCGGGGACGCCAUUCCUCCGCCCCGCGGCGUCUCCGCUUCCUCGGCACCCCCCCCCCCCGCUGCCGAGCCGCGCGACGCCGCCGAUCCGUGAGGGCUUCAGUGGUCACGCGGCGGUGCUUGGGGUGGCGGCCUUCCCCGGGGGGGGGGGGGGGGGGGAGGGGAGGG